GAGGGGGUAGGAAGCCUCCCAGGUUCGUCCUCUUCCUGCUCCCUCCCCCUCUGGGUUCCUCAAGUCUGGAGCACCUCAUUGACAUGUAAACGAGGGGCCCCUAUAAAGACUGCGGCGCCUCCAGCCAGCACAGAGUGGACAGCAUGGGCAAGGAGCCCGAGACCCUGGGCAGCCCUACCGGCAGCUUCCAAAAGGUCUGGGGUCCGAAAGAACGUGCAGGGUGGGGGGAGUCUGCCCGGCAGUCCGGGGGCAGAGGGCGGGAGGGCAGCAGCCUUGCACUCUAACAGGUCAGCUUGCCCACAGAUCUCCAAGCCGCUGAUGGAGAAGAAGCGACGCGCACGCAUCAACGUGUCACUGGAGCAGCUCAAGUCUCUGCUGGAGAAACACUAUUCACACCAGAUCCGGAAACGCAAGUUGGAGAAAGCGGACAUCCUGGAGUUGAGCGUCAAGUACAUGAAAAGCCUGCAGAGUUCCGUGCAAGGGCUCGGGCCGGCCCCCGGCGGCGCCGAGUACCCCUCGGGCUUCCGCGGCUGCCUGCCCGGCGUGAGCCAUCUCUUGCGGAGUGGUGAAGAGGGCGGUGGCCUGCACUGCCCCCUUGUGCCCGAGCGGGCGGGCGGCAGCACCAUGGACAGCGCAGGACCUGGAUCCUGUCCCGGGGCGCCCGAGCUGCGUGGCCCUUGCGCCCGCUCCGUCUGGGCUGCCGCUCUGGCUCCUACCACCGGGGGCCCGGAGUCCCCGCCACCCCGGCUGCUCCUUCCCGGCGGCUCCCCUGGCCCGUCCACUGGCGUACCGGCGUCUCAGCCAGUGUCGCGUCGCCGCCCCGAGAUCCCGGGUCCGGGACUGCGCGUGUGGCGGCCCUGGGGCUCGGCCCCGCCCCGCGGCCACGCCGCAGUGGGAAGGUCGCGGUCGGCAGCAGCGCAGAGCGGACCCCUAGCAGCGAGGAGAAUCGCUGCCCCGCCCCGGCCCAUUCAGCCGGCCGCAGGCGCCCGGUUCCCACCGGCACAAAGCACGCCGGGCCCCGCCCCGCUGGCGAGAGACCCCCACCCCACCCCCACCCCGGAACCCGCUCGACUCCCACCUACUCCCACCCCCUCCGCACGCGGCCGGGCCCACUGCGAGAACCGGCUCUCCAAGCCCUACCUCUAG